AUGACCACCUCACCGGACCCUUACCUGCUAGCGUCCACCAUCCUCACCCCUGACGAGCUUCCCAAACUCGCUCUCGUCACCUACGAUGCAGCUUCCUCUUCCACCACCGCCGCUAACAGCGAGCAUCACCAGCCCGACAUCGUCAGCGGAAGCUCACCACCACCCCCGCACACACAACGCAUCUUUGUCAUAGCCUCCAAUGUCUCGCUCGGCGUAGAACAGUCGUGCAUCCUCGUCGUCAAGCCUCGGCGAAAAGACCCUUCCACCGCCGUCCUGCUCAGCGUCAUCCCAAUCCUCCCCGAACUCAAGAUCGAGAUCGAACCACAACAACAGGGUCUUCUCACUGCCUCGGCUGCUACACCACGCAACCACCUGCCCUCCGCUACAACGUUGGGGCUCUCAAGUCUGCCGCACACCCUGCCAAAGAUCCACACCCUGCUCGAGAGCGUGGCGCCGGACGUGUUUGAAGGUAAAAAUAGGGUGGAGAGCUCGAAUGCUGCGCUCAAGUUGACGUUGGCGCAUGGGGGUGUGUCGGCGUGUGGGGUGACGAGCGAUGUGAGGGGGCUGCAGGACUUCCUGAGCGUGCUGCGGGAUUGUCUGAGAGCAGCGCAGGAGCAUGCGUUUGCGAGCGAGACUUCGCAUCAGUGGAUGAAGGCGUACACGGACGAUCUACCUCAUCACCAUCAUCCUGAAACACCAGCGGACGGUGGAGCACACAAGCUGGACACUCCGAUCUUCUCGCGUUUCUCGCACAGCGCGUUCCUACCCAGCCCUCCCACCAGUACCGGACCGGACCUUCAGCGACCCGCUUCACCCACAGCCGCCGACAUCCGCAUCUCCGUCGGCACCUUCAACGUCAACGGUCAGCUGCCCCCCGAAGACAUCCCCAGUCUCAUCGGCUUCAAGAAGUGGGUGCGCGCUGAACAGGACCCGGACCUGCUUGUGCUCGGCCUGCAAGAAGUCGACACGUCCGGAGGCGCGUAUCUCUACCACUCGCCCGCGCGUGAAGACGCCUGGACGCGCACUGUCACCCAAGCCCUCGGCCGACGUGGCGACAAAUACCGCAAGAUCGCAUCCAAGCAGCUUGUGGGGCUGAUGGUUCUUGCUUUUGCCCGUGUGGAGCUGUCGCUGGACGAGGUGGCGACGGCGAGUGUGGGCGUGGGGUUGGGCGGGUUCGUGGCGAACAAAGGCGCGGUGGCGGUGCGGAUGAAGGUGGGCGAGAGGACGCUUUGCUUUGUCAACUCGCAUCUGUCGGCGUUCGAGGGAUUGCAGGCGAUGGAGAGAAGGUGCUGGGAUUGGAGCGAGAUCUAUAAACGGUUGAGGUUUAGGUUGGAGCAGCCAGCGAUGGAAGAUUUCUGGGAGACGCCGGGGAACGCGGCGGCAGUAGAGAAGGUGGAGGAGAAGGAGGAUGCAGCAGAGGAACUGGGGGGAGGAGAGGAAGCGAAGGAGAACAAGGAGAUGCAGGGGGUGAAUCGGUUCAAGACGGCGCAGGAUGUGAGGGAGGAAGUGGCGGUCGAAGGGCACGACGCGAAUGGGACUGUCGCUGACAGUGUCGAUGCCGUCAGCGACGAGGUGAACGAACCCAAGCGUCUCUCGACCACCAUCGACAGCCCCAAGCCCCAAACCCAAGUCGCUGAUGAGAUCACCGACGCCUCUUCGCACAACAUCAUCUCCAACUGGCAGCCCUCGCAGCCCCCCUCUCCUCCACCCAACAGCACCACCUUCACCACCGCCACCACCUCCACCUCGCCGCCGCCAUUUACCGAACACCCCAUCAUGGACCACGACAUUGUCAUCCACUUUGGCGACCUCAACUUCCGCCUGGACCUCUCGCACUCGGAAGCCCACCGGCUCAUCCGCCAGCGCGACUACACCACCCUGUACAGGUACGACCAGCUCGAGUCGCUGCGCACCUCGGGAUCGCUGUUUGACGAUUUCGACGAGGGCCCGAUUGGGUUUGCUCCGACGUACAAGUUUGACAAGGGCACGGAUCGAUAUGACACGAGCGAGAAGCAGAGGGUCCCGGCGUGGUGCGACCGCGUGUUGUGGGCUGUGACGCGCGAGUGGGAGGAUGAAGGGGGGGAGGUGUCUGCGACGAGAGAGGGCGACGAGGAGAAGGAGGAGGAGGAGGCGAGGAAGGCGAGGAGGCAGGGGGUGGUGCUUCAGGCAUACGAGUCGGUGGGAGAGCUCAAGUUUAGCGAUCAUCGACCGGUGCGUGCGACGUUGCUUGUGCGAGUCCGCUAA